UCACAGAGUCGCAGCAGGAGCUGCUGGAUUUAAUGUUUUGCGAUUAAUCCAUGAACCAUCUGCAGCUCUUCUUGCCUAUGGAAUUGGACAAGACUCCCCCACUGGAAAAAGCAAUAUUUUGGUGUUUAAGCUUGGCGGAACAUCCUUAUCUCUCAGUGUCAUGGAAGUUAACAGUGGAAUAUAUCGAGUUCUUUCGACAAACACUGAUGAUAACAUCGGUGGUGCACAUUUCACUGAAACCUUAGCACAGUUUCUAGCUUCUGAGUUCCAGAGAUCCUUCAAACAUGAUGUGAGAGGAAAUGCCCGAGCCAUGAUGAAACUGAUGAACAGUGCUGAAGUUGCAAAACAUUCUUUGUCCACCUUGGGAAGUGCCAACUGUUUCCUUGACUCAUUAUAUGAAGGUCAAGAUUUUGAUUGCAAUGUGUCCAGGGCAAGAUUCGAACUUCUUUGUUCUCCACUUUUUAAUAAAUGUAUAGAAGCAAUCAGAGAACUCUUAGAUCAAAGUGGAUUUACAGCAGAUGAUAUCAACAAGGUUGUCCUUUGUGGAGGGUCUUCUCGAAUCCCAAGGCUACAGCAACUGAUUAAAGAUCUUUUCCCAGCUGUCGAGCUUCUCAAUUCCAUCCCUCCCGAUGAGGUUAUUCCUAUUGGUGCAGCUAUGGAAGCAGGAAUUCUUAUUGGGAAAGAAAACCUGUUAGUGGAAGACUCUCUUAUGAUAGAGUGUUCAGCCAAAGAUAUUUUAGUUAAGGGAGUGGACGAGUCGGGAGCCGACAGAUUCACAGUACUGUUUCCGUCGGGGACCCCUUUGCCAGCUCGAAGGCAGCACAAGUUACAAGCCCCUGGAAGUAUUUCUUCAGUUUGCCUUGAACUCUAUGAGUCCGAGGGGAAAAACUCUGCCAAAGAGGAAACCAAGUUUGCACAGGUUGUACUCCAGGAUUUAGAUAAAAAAGAAAACGGAUUACGUGAUAUAUUAGCUGUUCUUACUAUGAAAAGGGAUGGAUCUUUACAUGUGACAUGCACAGAUCAAGAGACUGGAAAAUGUGAAGCUAUCACUAUUGAGGUGGCAUCUUAGUGUUUUAGAGAAACCGAGGAUUUUUUAAAACAACAUUAUCAACAUUAUUUGGUUUUGUGUAUAAGUGGUGUUUAUAUUAAAAUACUUUUUCAAUGAACAGUAUAAGCUAUGUUUUUAUUAAACUACAAUAUAUCAGUAAA